AUGGACAAGAAUCAACGCGUUGUCAUCAUCGGCGCAGGCGUCUUCGGCCUCUCCACCGCCCUCAAUCUCACCCAGGAUGGCUUCACCGCGAUCACAGUGCUGGAUAGACACAUGCCGCCCGUCCCCGACGGGUCCAGCAACGAUAUUUCCCGCGUGAUCAGAUUCGACUACGGGGAUCCUGUCUACGCACAGCUAGGCAAGGAAGCGUACGAGCUGUGGAACACCAGCCCUGAGUAUGCGGAUUCGUUCCACCCCACGCCGUGCGUCUGGACGGCGCAGCGGACUGGUCCGGCUGGUCUUGUUCAAGCCGGGGGCUCGGACUUUAUCCGGAAGACGAAGGAGAUCCUGACAAGGAUGGGGGCCGAGUGGCAUGGCUUGGCGGAUGCGGCGGAGUUGAACGCGCGCUUCCCCGCUGUCAGUGGGACGCCGAUUGGGGAGGGAUUCGAAGGAUUCUAUAACAAUGCGGCGGGAUGGGCGGAUGCAGGUGUUGCGAUGGCGGGCCUACGCGAUCGGUGUAUUGCUGCUGGAGUAUCGUUUGUGACGGGUCCUCAUGGCCAGGUGACGGAGCUGGAGAAGAGCUCGGACGGGAGGAUCACAGCAGUCAAGACGGCUGAUGGGGGACGGAUCACAGCAGACAAGUUUAUCCUGGCGACGGGUGCUUGGACGGCUAGCCUGAUCCCCUCAUGGAAUUCAAUGGUGGCGACAGCGCAGAUUGUGGGCUUUGUGCGGCUUACGCCGCAGGAGGUCAGGGCGCUGAAGGACCUGCCUAUCAUCUUCAAUCUCUCGACGGGAUUCUUUAGCUUCCCUCCGCACGAAAAGACGGGAUACCUCAAGGUCGCCUGCCACAGUUUUGGGUACACACUGUCGUCAAGCCAGCAAAUAUCCUCACCACCCAGUCAGGCUAUCUCCGCGCGCGCAAACUUCAUCCCCGAGGAAGGUAGGCAGAGACUGCUUGCAGGUCUCAAGGAGAUCUUGCCGCAGCUGGUAGAAAGAGGGUUCGAGAAGACAUGCCUGUGCUGGUAUAAUGAGACGCCGACGGGCGACUUUAUCUUCGAUUAUCAUCCUGACCAUCCCAAUCUGUUCAUCGCUACCGGCGGGACUGGACAUGCAUUCAAGUUCCUCCCUAACAUUGGAAAAUACAUUGCCAAGUCGUUUCAGAGACAACUGUCGCCAGAGUUGACGGAGAAAUGGAGGUUCCAUACCGAGUACAAAGACAGUCCGCGGGAGGACAUCUUCACUGGAGAGAAGAGCCGGAAGGGAGGAGAUGGCAGCCGUGGAGGUCCUAACAGACGGGAAUUUACCCCUGAGGAACGAGACCGUCUUUUGUCUUUGACGAAUGCAUUGGCUGUACGGCAGGCCAAGAUGUAG